AUGAGCAGAAAGCUGCAAAGCAGUGUACUCUGUGCAUUGCUGGCAGCAAAGUAUUUUAUAUUUGCUGAUGAAGAGACCCUACAAGACAUGUAUGGCCUUGGACCAGAGAUGUUUGACGUCAAGAACCCGCACCUCACCAAGCAUGAGCACAAGGCUCUGAAACAGUACAAUAUCCUGGAGGAGAAAGGAGACUCACCAAUGGCUGCUGGUGGAGCUGUCCUCACCAAGUGGUUCAAGAUCGACAAUGUGUGGGAGGGGUUAGAUUCCUCACCACUGCAUCUCAUCCAAGACAUGCCUGGCGACAAUUUCCCCAACAUCCAUGAUGCAGACGACAUCAAAGAGGAUGUCAUUCAAGCUAUAUUCAUCUACUGGAUAAUAUUUCAAUGGAUGCCUCUCUGUAUGGAGAGACACCUCUCUGUAUGGAGAGGCAUGCUUCUGUUGUACUUCAAGAAGCUCUACAUGAUGGGGUCGCUCCCUCCUCUUUCUGUACAUGAGAGAGUCUCUGGGCUGUACAUGCCUGGUUGGGUGUUGGCUGGAUUUGUUUUUGCAUUUUCCUGUCUUUCUGAUGAUGUUCUUGUACCAGGCGAUCCUUUGACGAAGGCCAGUGAGGCACAGGGGUCUCAGGAAUCUGCAUCCCUCGCAAUCAUGCAUUAUUGUCACUUUUUGAGGUGCCGAUUGAAAAUGAGGGAUGAGCAGGCAUUGCAGCUAUCACAAAGUUUAGGCAUGCAAAAUAAGCGACAUCAGCGCGAUGUUGGAUGCCCUUGA